UUACUGUUUAUUAUAAGAGGUGUCACUAUCAUCGUCACUGUUAUCGCUAUUAAAUUUUUUCUCUGUUUUUUUUUUGAAGAAAACCAAACAGAAGUUCAUGUUUUUUCUUGUUAUCAUCAUCACAUCAUCUUUGUCUGACUAUGAAUCAAACAUUCAAAGAAAAAUUCGUCAACAGUAGUUAACACCGCUAAACCGUGACAAAACGGUAUCGUUUACAAAAAAUCUAUUUAUCAAUCUAUAUUAUGUAUGCAUGAAUUUCUUUUCAAUCUUUAGGUAUCCGUGAAACUGAAAAUGAAAGAAAUUCCUGAAUAUUGUGCAGAUGUCACACGCACAUUAAUGUUAUAUAUGUUAAACUGGCCAAAAACCGAAUCAUUACCAAAUUGUUUCUGGGUAAAUCCCAUUUUUUUUACCCGAAAUCAUCGGUGUUUGCGUAUGCGCUAACGAAUCUCAAACAGAACAAAAACAUUCGGGUUCAUACAUGGAACGACAAACGGUUAUGCAUUAUACUACUUCGUCCGUUCGUUCCAAAAGAAAGGCCGCUGGUAGUAGAUUAUAUAUAGUUCACAUAUAUGAAUGAAAUGGACUCGCCAAAAAAAAAAAUUCGAUCUAUUGAAUAGAAUAUGAAUGGGAAAAGCAAAAAAAAACUAUCGGGUCUAUAUUGUUGAAAUUCCCGAAUGGAAUCAUUAUUACUCUACACACAACAUGAUGAUCAUAGCUCAUGUAUGUACAAGCAGCAAUACCAACAACAAUAGAUGUUGAUAUUUAUUCUUCAUUCGAGAAAUUACGUGUCACCCACUAAUGUAGAUGGAUGGAAUGAAAAAAAAUAGAAAAUAAUUCCUACGUAUUCAACAACAUUUUUUAACUUCGAGAUUUUUUUUGUGUACAUCUUUUUUUACUCGAAUCAUUAUCACCACUUUUUUGUUAUUCUGGUAUCAUCGAUCCAAUAAGAGAUAUUAAUACUGACUCAACAACAACAACAACAGCAGCAGCAGCAGCAUUGAGAAAAAUUCAGUUCCUUGCCCCCCCAAUAUUCAACCAGAAAAAAACCACCAUUUGUUGUGAAUGCCAACAAACUAUUGCUGGAUUUUAUGAUCAUUUUUGGAGAUUUUUCGAGUUCACAUCGUCAUCAAAUGAAUAAUCAUUGUUUUGUUUGCAUUAUUUUUUUCUGAUGUUUGAACAGAUGUAAAUGCUAAACAAAAAUCAUCGAAUCUUGAAUCCAGCUUAUAAUACAUUUUGAACUUUUAUUUAUUAAUUGAAAAAAAAAUAUUAAUUAAUCAGAGCUUAAUUGAAAAUCAUCAUCAUCAUCAUCAUCAUUAUUAUUACAUGCAGCACAUAAAGUUCAGUGCCUAUCAAUCAAUCAAUUAUUCAUUUUGAAUCGAUGUGAUUGCUAAUACUGUCACAUACAGACACACACACACACACACGAAUAAUAACAAAGUGGUUAAUGUGAUCGAACAAGAAGAAAAAAAGUAAAAAAAAAAUUAUCAAUUUCGAAAUGCCAUACCAAACGAAUGGUGGUUGGAAAAAUAAUAAUAAUAAUAAUAAUUCCAACGGUAAUUCAUCGAAUAUAAAUAAAAACUUUCAUCAAAGUCAAUCUUAUCAUUCGAUUAUACAUCAUCAACAACAACAACAACAACAACAAUUGCAAUCGAAUUCGGACAAUAUACAGCAGAAUAUUGUUGGCUUUAGUAAUAGUAAAUCAAUUAAUAAUCUAAGUGAUGAUGGUUUUAUGGAAAAUGCUGAGCUUAUUGAAAAAUUAUUUCCAAAAUGUCGACCAAAAACAAAAAUAACCACUUCCAAUAAUAAUAAUAAUAAUAAUAAAGAUAAAAGAACACCUAUGGAAUACCAUCAUGAUGUUAAAGAUUGUUGUGAUGAUAAUGAUAAUAAUGAUGGUAAUAUCAAAAACGAUCAACAUGAUUGUUCAUUAGCCACUGUUCGACCAUCGAUUGAUUUGAAUAAAAAACAAAUUCCAACGACGAAUCCGAGAUUGAAAAAUUCAAAUAACCGAAUAAAUGAUCAUGGAAAACGGAUAUGGAAUUUUAUGGGCAUAUCACCAUCACCAUCACCACCUACAUUAUCGCCAAUUGAAGACAACAUGCAUAUACCGCAGCCAAUGAUAACAACACAUAAUCAACAACAAAAAUCGCAACCAGAUGAUCGAGAAUCAAAAUCGAAAAUUCGUUCAAUCAAAAAUGAACGAAUGUCGAACGAUUCGACCUGUUCACGUGAUCGAUCAUCAUCGAACGAAACAUCGAUACGGAAAUCAAUACCCUAUGGGGGUAAUGAAACAAAUAAUACAGUCACAACAACCAGUAAUUCUAUCCAUCGGCCAAGAAGGUUAAAAAAUCAAGAGCCAACAAUUGCAGCUAAAUUACGAUUGGAUAGUCUACUUUUAUCACCUGAAGAUGAUAAAAUUCAAAAUGUUGAUAUUUGUGGCCGUCAAGAUAAAUUAGAUUAUGAUCUCAACGAUGAAGAUGAUAUCCUAUUCAGUAGGAUCAACAUGGAUGCUAUGAUGGUAAACAAAAUGAAUCGAGAUAAAAAUACCACUUUGAUUAAAUCAAUCGGUACGACGACUAAUGUAAAUAAUAUAAAACACAAUAAUUGUGAUGAUGAUGAUUAUUGUGAUGGCGAUGUUGAUGAUGUGGAUGUUAAUGAUGAUGAUCAUCAUCAUAUUAGCCGUCAACAAAAUGAUUUGAGAUCUCGUGAUCAUCAUCUAGCAAUGGCUGGUGGUAAUGAAUUAUUUAGUUCAAGCCGCAGUACUCGAUCGAAAAAACGAUAUCAGAAUAAUAGCCAUCAAAUUAUGUCUAAAUCGGCUGUGGUUAAGAAUAAAUUUAAAUCAAACAUUGGUUCAAUGGUCAUUCGACCAUCAUUCAAUUUUAUGGAUCUAGCACCAUCACCCGAUUUGAUGGAAACUACUGUGUCCAUUGCCACUGAUUACAAUGUUGGUACAGACAAGAAAAUUUUGCCAUCAUCAACCAUGCCAUCUAGUGUAGCUCAAUUCCGUAGCAAUAAACAAUCCACAAACAAUACAAAUCAAAAUAAUGAAUUGUUGACAAAUAUUGAGAAUUCAUCUAAAUUCACGGACAAUAUAGAUGAAUUUUCAAAUGAUUCAAAUGAAAAUUUAUCGGCCAUAAAUCAUGGUGAUACAAUGGGAAAAAAUUCGAAAUAUUCGAAUGAAAAAUUCUCUAGUCAGCAACAACAACAUCAUCAGCCAUCAGAAAUGGAAUCAACAUCAACGUCGAAUGUCAUUUCGUAUAAAGAAGAUUGUCAAAUGCCAUCUUCAAGUGAUAUUAACAUAGAUUCUGUAAAUGAUCUUGAUGAUGAUUGUAGUCGCACAUCUAAUACGAAUAAUUGUGCAACAAUUGAACUAGUUACGACUAAUCAUCGAUCACCAUCAUCAUCAUCGUUGAUGAACAAUAACAAGAAUCGUAAUUUCAAAUUUAUCGAACAUCAACAUCAAUCUUUUUUGGAAAAUAACCAAAAUAAUAAUCAAGAAUGUGAACGAUUUUCUACAACAGCAACAACAACAACAACAUUGUUGCCUAAACAAACAGAACUUGGUACAACCGAUAAAACAAUGAUAGAUGAUAUCGUUGAUGAUAAUGAUAAUGUAGAUGAGAAUAUAAGAAAUGAAAUGAAUUUAGUUUGCGAAAAAUUUGCCACCGAUUUAAAGAAUAAAUUAUCAAUUGUAUCAAAAAACAAUGGCACAGAUAAUGUCAUUGUUGAUGAUAUUGAUGAUGAUUGUAAUGAUAAUAUUCAAACACAAGACUAUAAUAAUUUUAUUGUUGAUCAUAAAGAAGAAAUUGAUCUUGGAUCCGAAUCAGAUCAAUCCAGUAUUUCGAUUGAGAAAAAAUCAGAAUUUGAUUUAAAUGAGCCAAUUGCACGAAUUAUUGGUUCUGUACCAAUAGCUCAAUAUGAAGGCUCACCAAAACGUUAUGGACCAAAACCUGGUUAUCCACAAAGAAUUAUAUCAUCGAAUAAUAAUGUAACAAAUAAUGAUUAUGACAAUAGUAUGACAUCUAUUCAACAGCAACAACCAAUAGUGCAAAAAGAAUCGAUAAUAGGUUCAUUAAAAUCGACAACAUUAUCAUCAGCAAAUGGUUCACCACAUUCAUCAUCAACAUCAGCAACAUAUUCCUCUACCGAUGUUCAUAGUUCAUCCAGUUUUUCUUGUCCAUCAAAUCGACCGACAAAAAAAUCAUCAUCUGAAUGGCGAUCAACGAAUAAAUCUAAAAUGAUGAUGACGAUGAUGUCAAAUGAUUCGAAUUCGAAUCAACCAUCAUAUGAAGAAUCUAGUCAGAAUAGUUUGCCAAUUCAACCAUAUCCUACUCAACAAACACAAAUCACUUGUGAUGAAGUAGUUAAAUCAAUAUUGAAUAUAUCGAAUACUGAAACUGCCAUCGAUAGUGAAACUGAUAAUACUUCAACCAAUGCAAAACCAUCACCAAUGAAAACAUUUAAUGAGAUUAUAAAAUCCGAAUCUAUUCAACGUACUGAUUUGGAACAACAACAAGAAUUUAAUGAUAAUUAUAUGAUUUCAUCAAAUGCAAAUAAAAUUACCAAAUCCUCCAAUGCCGAAUCAUCAUCAUCAUCAUCAUUGACAAAGAUGGCAACGUUAAGAAAAUUUUCUUCAAUUACGAAUGCAUCAGCUACAGCUGCCAGUGGUCGUUUAUCGGAUUAUUUGAAGAUGAAUCAUUCUGGUUCAUUAGAAUCGAGUGAUAGUAAUAAAUCUGGCGAUAAAUAUAAUUAUCAUGAUCAUGAUGAUUAUGGUUCAUCAUCAUCAUCACAUCAUCUUAAUCAAGAAUUUCGUAAGAAUUAUACGAAAUCUCAUUAUACAAAAACACACAAUGAUGAGAAUGAAUUGCAAGUAGCUGAUAGCGGUAUUAGUAAUAAUGAUUUACAACUCGAUCAAACAUCGGCAACAUCAUCGACCGUCGAUAAUAAUAAUAACAAUAAUAAUGAUAUUGGACGUAAUCGUAAAAGUAAAUUAAAUUCAUUCAUAUGUUUAUCACCCGAAUUGGCUAAUGGAAAAGAUUUUCUUGAAAAUCAUCAAUAUUCGACACAUUUGAAUGUUAGUGAUUUAUGUUUGUCUGGCAAUGGUGAUUGUAAUCGUCGUGAUUAUUAUAAUAAGGAAAAAAUAUCAUCAUCAUCAUCAUCAUCAAUGAUACCGGAAAAUGAUACAAGAUUAAUAAAUAUUAUGCCCGUUCUUGAAGAUGGUCUUUCAUCUGGAAUGCCAUCAAGCGAUGAUGGAGAUGAUGGUGAAAUGAUGGAAUAUGAUUAUGAUGAUGAUGAUGGUGGGGAUGAUCAAGAUCAUAUUACAGGGAUAAAUAAUGAACAGCAACCACCACCAUUCGAUGAUUAUAAUCAUGAAUAUCAAACAUCAAAUGGUCGAACGGUAAUUGGUUGUGAAACAACAACGACGACAAAUGUCGCAUCGCAAUCAUCAUCAUUCAACAAUAAUUAUCAUCAACAGCAAUCGAAUACAAUGAAUGUUGACGGUGAAUCUGUUAAUCAAAACUCCUAUGAUUUUUGUUAUCAUAACAACAAUAGUAAACAAAAUCAAGAUCAAUUUGUAGCCAAAGCAAAAAUAACAAAUGGCCAACCACAACCAUCAUAUUUUACUGGUUUUAAUGUGGGUGGAAAAAAUAAUGGCCCGUAUACAGGGAGAGAUGAAUCCACAACGACAUCCAAUUCAAACAAUAGAAUUCAUGAUACGGAUGAUAAAGAUUCGAAUAUUAUGUAUGAUAAUUCCAAUUCAUAUGAGUAUCAUCCAUCAUCAAUGCCAACGAAUUUUCAAAUGAUUACAGCAGAUGAAACCAAUACUGUUAGAACAGUGACAGACAGCACAACUAAUUCAUUGAGUCAAACUCAACAUCAUCCGAAACGAAUGGAUAUGACUGAUUUACGAUGUCAAACUGGACAACAAACAGGAAUAGCACAUGAUAAUAAAUAUUGUCUAAGUUCAUCAUCGUCCAACAGACCAAUGACGAAUUCACAUUCAUCAAUGCGUGCAACGAUGCCAAAUAAAUCGAUUCAUUCAUCAUCAUUAUCGGCCAACCAAAAUAUUAAUAACAACAAUAACACUACAUUGUCUCCUGGAUCGACUGUUGAUGCAGCUUCCGAUUCUCCACAAUCACCACCUCAUUCAUAUGGCCAUAAUUCUUACCAUCAUUAUUUUCAUCAUCAUCCAUCACCACAACCAUCCAGUGUUCAACAACAUCAACAAAACUAUCCGAAUCUAAGCAGUAGUCCAACAAUGUUGCAAUCGCCUAACUCACCGGGUGAUGGUUCACUUCAUCAUCAUCAUCAUCAUCAUCAUCAUAAUGCAUCAUCAUCAUCCGCAUCAUCGGCUGCAUCAUCUGCUUCAUCGGUAUCAGCUCAUCAUGGGCAACCACCACCCCCAUCAUCAUCAUCAUCAUCGAUCAAUCAUCAUCAAUAUCAUCAUUAUCAUAAGUCAACACAAUUAAAUCAAUCUCCUACCCAAGAUCUUCAGUCACAAGCAACACAACCUCAGGCUACGUUGAAUUCUACGAAUGCAACUAUUGUACCUGGAACCAUUAACAUUUCAGGUGUCGCACCUAUUGGUACAUCAUCAUCAUCAUCAAUACCAGCUCCAAAUCUUAGACAUCCUGAUGAUGACUGUGAUACUGAUCAGGAAACUGAUCGGCUACUCGGUAGUCAACGUGUUAGUCAAAAUGAUGAUAAAGGAUUCUAUGAUGAAAAGACUCAAACUAAACGUUCCAACACAUCACGUGAAGCUCGCCAUUUAUCAUCAAAAGUUUUAAUCGAAGGUGUACUAUUUCGUGCUCGUUAUCUGGGUUCAACACAAUUAGUAUGCGAUGGACAACCUACGAAAGCAACUCGUAUGAUGCAAGCAGAAGAGGCUGUUUCAAGGAUCAAGUCAUUGGCACCGGAAGGAGAAUCACAGCCAAGCACCGAGGUCGAUCUGUUUAUUUCAACAGAAAAAAUCAUGGUUCUGAAUACAGAUUUGAAAGAAAUUAUGAUGGAUCAUGCACUUCGAACAAUAUCAUACAUUGCCGACAUUGGUGAUCUAUUAGUGUUGAUGGCCAGACGUCGUUCACAGAUCGAUGAUCAGAAUGAUUCCGGAAUCAAGCGUUCACCUAAAAUGAUAUGCCAUGUGUUUGAAUCGGAGGAAGCACAGUACAUUGCCCAAUCGAUUGGUCAGGCAUUUCAAGUGGCUUACAUGGAAUUCCUUAAAGCUAACGGUAUUAAAGAUAGUAGCUUUUUAAAGGAAAUGGAUUAUCAAGAAGUACUUAACUCACAAGAAAUAUUCGGCGAUGAACUAGAAAUGUUCUCUAAAAGAGAAAAACAAAAAGAAGUCAUUGUGCCCAAACAAAAAGGAGAAAUACUCGGAAUCGUAAUCGUUGAAUCUGGCUGGGGUUCAAUGCUCCCUACAGUGGUCAUUGCAAAUUUAGCCCAAAAUAGUCCUAGUGCUCGUUGUGGACAAUUAAAUAUUGGUGAUCAAAUCAUUGCCAUUAAUGGCAUCAGUCUGGUUGGUCUUCCAUUAUCUACUUGUCAAAACUAUGUCAAGAACACUAAAAAUCAAACUGUCGUUAAAUUCACGAUUGUUCCUUGUCCACCGGUUGUUGAAGUGAAAAUUAAACGUCCUGAUACAAAAUAUCAAUUAGGAUUUAGCGUACAAAAUGGUGUUAUUUGUAGCUUACUUCGUGGUGGAAUAGCCGAACGUGGCGGUGUUCGUGUUGGUCAUCGUAUAAUCGAAAUCAAUGGACAAAGUGUUGUAGCCGUACCACAUGAUCGAAUUGUCAAUUUAUUGGCCACUUCAGUGGGAGAAAUUCACAUGAAAACGAUGCCAACUUCCAUGUUUCGUUUAUUGACCGGACAAGAAGCACCAAGUUACAUGUGAAAUCCCAAGGUUUCGAUCCAUCCAUCCUGAUAUUUUCAUAAAUCCAUAAAAGCGACAAAAUAUAAAAUUCGAUCUCUCUUUCGACCUAAAUUUAUUCAUUUUUUUUUGUUUGUUUGUUUUUGUUUUUCCUGUAAAAUAAUUUUCAUUUCUGUGCCUUUCUCUCUUUUUUUUUGUUCUCGAAUAAUUUGCUGUUAAUUGCUGCUGCCGCUGAAUUUCUGGAUCAAUUUUUUUCACUCAUUCACACAUUUACCAUAUUACACUAAUUAUUAUUCAGGAUUCAUUCAUUUAUCAAUCGGAAUUUCAAUCCAACUUCCUUUAUUGUUUGAAUACAAUAUAUUCACAAUCAUUGAAUAUUUUUUUUUUUGAAAGAGAGGGAGAAAGAGAAAAAAAAAGAAAACCUACACCCAUCAAUGUCAAUUUAUCAUGUGAUCUCAAUUAAAUAAUAAAAUUAUUGAAACCAAAAAAAAAAA